CAAACAUAAAACUAUCUUCUAGCUUCAAUGUUUUAUUUAUUACAACUAAUAGAUAGGGCAAUAGUGAUAAACGACCUACUUAGUACUUCCAUCCGAAUGUAUUUCAUGUUCAGGUCCAGUCAAGGUAUGUCUGUCUUCACAGUAUGCCUGGGCGUAAUCACGGGAUAUCUCUCGGUUGUCCAAGUUAAGGCUGGUUGUCUGAAACUGCAACCUAUUACCAGAAGCCUUAAAGAUGAAUACUGUGAUCAGCCGCUUUUCGCUGCGUUCCUUCCUAAUACAGAAGAGAAUCGGUUGUUAGACAACAUCUGCUAUACUUACUUCCCUCUACCCGAUGACCCGAACACGUAUCAAGUUUUCUAUUCCAGGGUGUACAGUGAUGGGUCAAGCAACGUUGUGUCUAUUAUAUCUACUAACUAUGCAAACGGAGUGGUCAGAGCUGCAAAUCCCUACUGCACGAACUUGAACACGUUUUUUGGGAACGUUGGAUGUGACACAUUCCUGGUCUAUCAAUGUACCGAGUACGGAGUUUGCGGAGACUACGAUCCCUACAUCUUCGGGGUGUCUCGCAAGGGUCAGCCAAUAGGGCUUUCUUGCAUGCGCAAGGUCCAUGAAAUAUUGGAGACAAAUAAUAUAACAGGCACUGAUUUCUUCUUGUUACCUAUGAAGUUACCAAACAGAUGCGUCACCCAGAAAUUGUGUGUGAACCCACCCUUAAGGAACAGAUUUUAUAAAGCCCUUGGAUUAUAACUGGAAAAAUUACUUAACACAGAAAUACUAUUCUUAAGUAAGGAUUAAGAAUGGCCACAGAUCAGUUAUGUUCCCACAUAUGAUAUAUAUUUUUUCUUUAAUCUGAGGGAUACACCAUCAUUUAAUUAUUUUAGUGUCAUUAAAUAUUUACAUUUGUGUCACCAUAGUUUUUUUAAGUUCUUCAGAAUUCAACUAUACUCACAGGUUUUUACAUUAAAAUCCUUAGUAUUGCGUAUAGAUAAUGCUAUAUCAUAUGAUAAUAAACAUGAUGGUAGUGUUUUAAUUCACUUCACUGUGUGGGAAAUGUAACUUGAAUUUGGGUUACAAUUGAAAGUGAAUGAUCUUUUCAUAAAAAAUUAGAAGGGAGUUUUAGCCAAAUUCCUGAUAUUAACUUAAACUCAUCUUAAGUAUACUUUAAACUGUCCAUAAAAAUGUUUAAGUAGUUUAUUUAAGUUAUCGUGUAAGCUUUGGUGAUUAAGUCUAAAUAUUUAACUAGGUAAAGUUUAUUUUAUUGAAUGUCGAUUUUAAUUUGAAGUUUAUUAAUAAGCAAUUUUAAAGCAAUUCGAAAAAGUAUUCUCCUGUCUAACUACCCUAACAAAUAUAAUUAAUUAGUACGGUAUGUAAACUGAAAAAAUAAGUGCAGGUAAAUUAAUAAAAAAAUAUGUACGUGUUUUGCGGAUCUCUCUGCACAGUAAUUGCUUAAAUUUUGGAGACCUGCAAAAUCCAUGUUCUUGUAUAAAUAAAAAUUUGUACUCUUUUUAGCUGGAUAUGUUUUUCAUUCUUUUCUUCAGAGAGGUAAUCAAAGAGUAGAAACAUGAUUACCUGCACAAUGUGUACAUCUAUGUACAUGUUAGCAAUUAGUUUUGGUUAUUUGUUGGCAAUUAUUGCACUGUACGAUAGGAUGGGUCAAAAUAAUAAAUAAUUUAGUGCAGAAACUUUGGCCAUUAAAAAAAAAUAAAAGUAAAAAAUAAAUUUAGAUCUUGCGUUCAUCAUUCGUGUAUACAAAUUUACAAUCAUUAGUUCAUAAAAGCUCAUACAAAAUUCAAGAAUUACGCUUUGGAAAUUAUGCAUAUUUAUAGCCCAACGAACUUAAAUAAAUUGAAAUCUGUUCAAUAUUUACGUAUCUCCGUAGGCACAAUGCCUAAAGGACUACACAAGUAUAUCAAUAUUUAACAUGUUUACCAAUUUAUCUGAUUACAGGACUGUAUAACAUAUAAAUGUGCAUCAUGAUUAUUAUAUGAAUAUAGAAAAAGCCAUAUUGACGUCAUUUAAAAAACAUAACAAAAAUAAGGCCUUUUUCUGUGUUAAAGUGUAUAAAAUGUUCUUUAUUUCCCUUUGACCCACACUACUGUACGAGGUGCCGUUUGAGCCUUUAGGGAUUAUAUUUUUAAUUUAGCAAACAUUAACACUAAAUAUUCAUACUAUUGUUAUUGUACCGUGAAAUUUUAAGAACAAAUGUAUUCUUCGAUCAUUAGAGUACAUUUUAAAGAAAUAAAAUAAAGAAUAGUACUGGUACAUUAUCUUUUUUUUAGUUGCUACAGGUGGGCUUUAUCACGGCUGCUUGCUUACAUGCCCUCUUCAUGUUAGCUUUAUAUUCAAUGUUAGUGCUAAAUAUUUAAAAUUAGCCACCAGAUUCAUUAUUUCCAAGCUACAUACAUUAGUUUUCGGCGUGUAAACAAUGACAAAUUUAAAGUAUUUGUUUGUUAAAAGAUUGUUUAUAACAGAUGGAAGUAUUGUGAAGAUUACAGAAUUUUUAGGACCUUUGCCAUCGUUCUGUGAUGAAGUAUUGUUAUUGUCUGUAUCAGCCGAAAUAUUACUAGGAUAUUGUGUACCAAAGAAAUUUUCUCUGAGUUAGUUACUAACGUUUUAUAAUUUUUGCAUAUUUAGUUGCAAACCUAUAUUAAUUAUUAAUUUCUGUUAUAACAUCCAAUGUCCUUUGUGUUCUUCCAAUGAGGAUACCUUAAACAUAGCCCACUCAACUAUCUUACGAAUUCUCAGUAAAGAAAUAUUUAAUUUAUGUAACUUAUAAAAACUAUGGGGUUUAACAAAAUCCAUUCUUUAACAUGUAGUUAAAUCUAUUUCAACUGAUCAUAUUUGUUUUAAACCUUCUUAUGCAUUUCAACUUUUAUAAAAAUUUCCGAAUCUUUUUAGCAGAAGCGAAAACACCUCAUUGAGUGGCAACCGAUUCUAAUAAUCUUCUUGCUUGUGCAGUUUACCUUGUUUUGAGAUAGCUAGAAUGGACCUCACUGAACCUGUGCAUGAAACCGAAGAAAGGAGCACAGUCACUUGAGUUUUGACAAAUAAUAGAGAUGGUAACAUUGCUCAUACUGUUUUGAUUUGUGUAGGUUGUUACUUCCUAAUUUCAAAAUUCUAAUUUGUUAAUUAGGCUUCGAUUGGUGUUCAAACAAUGUAUUUUCAAAAUAUGAUUGGUAAGUUUUAUUUCCAUGUUGGAUAUUCAGUAUUAAUUGUAUCUAAAUACACUAUACAAACACAGAAAACUGUGAUUGAUUCGAUGCCCCCUAGACCUUGUA